AUGCUGGACCGGGGUACUCCCCCGCGCCGUAAGUGUCUGCGAUUUUGCUCGGUGUUCGGGAUCUUGAAACUUUGGGAUGGGAAGGCGCUGCGGCGUAGCAUCAAGGGGACGGACGCAAUGCGCAGGCAGGUAGAACUGCUGAAAAAAAUAUCGGUCUGCCAACCACGUGCCACUGAGCCUGAGGCAUCUCGCCCCGAUGUUCACGCUGACUCGGACCCGUUGGCAAUGCACUCGUCGAAGUGUGGUAUGGCCUUGCGCCUGUUUGUCCACGUAUCGCAAGAGAACGUAUCGGAAGCAGAUCAUGAGCCAUCUGGGCAUGGGGCGGGGUCAGGUCAACAGAGUGGAGAGGACAGGCAAGCCAAUUUGACCGAUAACACAGAAGUGUUUUUCCGUACCAUGAAGGAUGUAUGGCUCGAGGGUUCAAGUUCAAUGGCUCAACGUCAACCGUGGAGGAGCGAAAGGAAACAUUUCGAGCUCCGCUUAGGAAGGCGGCGCCGCAUACGAGCGCUUCGAUGGCUGACCGACUUCCAGCGUUCGACCAAAUUGUUGCUGCCGGUGUCCGCUGCUCUUCUCCUCAUCCUAAUCUUCACUAUGGUUCGUAAAGCUAAUAGUAAUGACACGCGGGCAUGGGGACUUACUUCCUAUGACGUCGCGACUCGCUCGGACUCGCAACAGAAUCUGUCAAUCACAGCGUCACUAAAUCAUCUGCGACGUUGUGUACCACCAGCGAGCACUCAGCACAAGAGGGACGAAGAAAUAGCAGUGUUCCGUCACCGCGCUAGCUGGCUGAAGCGGCAGUUACCCGAGGCUGUCAAUGGCAAGGGUUCCGGUAGCUGGGCAGACGAUCCACAAUUCCCCUUGUCCCAAUCGAUAAGUAUGGAUCGACAGAUACGUCUAAACCUGCCUAUCGCCCACUCUAUCACUGUUAUAGAGGAGGAUCCUCACACUGUAACCGCGGAUAAACUUGCUUCAAAUGGUACGAAUGGCUUGCCCGAGCUCCCGAUCCCUCCCGUUUCUACUCAACACUCACAUGCUGCUGACUAUUUCACUGGGGGCAAAACCGAUCACGACAUAAUUCUAGAAGCCCUCGUCAAGAAAUCAUUCAUCAAACGCUUCAUUGCGGAGGACGUCCCCGCGCAGACAAGAUUAUGUGUGCCGCUCGAUUACAAUUACGGCGAUAUCCACGCUGAGGAGAUGCUGUGGUCGUCCGUUCGUUCAUGGCCAAGUGGCAGAUUGCGUACAAGGCGCUCAGCGCGAAAUGCAGAAAUGGGCAGAGCUACAGCUCUUGAACGGAAGAAACGAAAAGUCAGUGACGACAGCAGCGAUGAUGGUGAAGAUGGUGAUGGAAAAGCUGGUGCUGACGACUCUUCCGGUGAGAACGUUGACUCGGACGAGGAUGUCACGGUGCACGUCACGAAGUACCUCGCGUACGCGCGGGCUUUGGCGCUCCUCGGCGACUACCAGAUGUUGAACACAUAUAUGGGCACCACCGUCGAAGACGACAGAGACACUGCUAAACGCAGAUGCAUUGGCCCCCGACGAAAAUAUCUCGAGCAUCGAGGGCGGUCCUCAUGUGCAGCAACUCGCGGUUUACCAGAGCUCGGAGGGUAA